AUGAAGUUUAAUACUUUUGUCACCUUUUUCGCUCUGGCCUCUACCUCCCUGGCUGCGCCCGCGGGUGAAGCUCUGGAGAAGCGUAACCCGACAGGCUCUUUCAGUCUGAUCGCAUACGGAGCCGCUUCGUCGUAUAUUAAAAUAUUCUACUCUGACGGUCGGCCUCGCAUAUGCUGGCGACUCGUCCUGUGGACCUACGGAAGUGUCACCACAGAUGUCACAUUUACCAUCAGUAACACCGAGCUCACCACCGCCACCACUUCUGGUGUCACCUUGGACGCAGACACCCUUUUUUAUAUCCAGCCCACUGCUAAUGCGAUCACGGAGGUUGGAUUUACCGGUAAUGGAAUUAGUACCCCGGCUGCUGCGACAACCGAGAGUUUCCUCUUCUAUGGGACCUAUCUCAUGUGGGAAGAGGCUGGUGGAACCCUGAGCGACUCCUUCCGCCUCAAGGAAACCAACGUGUCGGGCGUGUAUCAGAUGUACUGGGAUCAGUCGAACCUCUACCCAUCGGGCUAUCUUACGCCCGUAGUGAAGUCAUUGUCGUGA